CCCACAGCACCAUGUCAUCCCUGCUGCCAACCUGGCACAAGAGGAUCCAGAUCACAGCAAGACCCACAGUCCUGCUCUCACUCUUCUUUGUUAUCUUCAACCCCCAGGUAACAAGCUCAGACCUUAUAACUCUGAUCGCUAAUCGGACCGAAUACUGGGAGAACUGCAGCAGAACUCUGGCAACAAGCGGACUCUCAGUCACUGGAAUCUUCUGUAAAGGAACGUUUGAUACUUUUGUGUGUUGGCCCCAUUCAUCUCCUGGGAAUGUGUCGGUCCCCUGUCCUUCUUACUUGCCAUGGAUCAGUGAAAACAUCUCCAGGAGGGCACACAGAGAAUGUUUAAAUAACGGGAGAUGGCGACGGAGGGAGAAUUCCUCCGAGGCCUGGAGAGAUGUCUCAAAAUGUAAGGAGGACCGUUACUUCAAAGACAAGGAGGACGAAAUGCUUCGGCAGACAGCCCUCAGGCUCAUCUCUGUCAUUGGCUAUUCCCUGUCCCUGUCCUCUCUCACACUGGCUACUCUCCUGAUGGGCUUGUUGAGGAAGCUCCACUGUACCAGGAACUACAUUCACAUGAAUCUGUUUGUGUCCUUCAUCCUGAGAGCCAUGGCUGUCAUCUCUAAGGAAAUCAUAUUAUACAUCAUGUAUUCCAAUCUACCCAAGGACAACCCUGGAUGGAACUCUUACUUAAGCUCUGCGAUAGCGUUGAUGUGUAAAUUCUCCAAAGUGUGCAUGCAAUACUUUGUGGCCUGUAACUACUUCUGGCUCUUGGUGGAGGCCAUUUUCCUCCACACACUGCUCUUCACAGCUGUGCUGACCAAGAGACGUCUGCUGAAGAAAUAUAUGCUGCUGGGAUGGGGAACACCUAUUUUGUUUGUAACACCAUGGACAGUUGUCAAGAUAUUAUAUGAAAACACAGGAUGUUGGACAAUUGUGAACAGAUGGUUCUGGUGGAUAAUAAGAGGCCCGAUCACUUUAUCAGUGCUGGUCAUUUUUUUCAUAUUCAUCAAGAUUCUGAUGCUGCUGCUGUCCAAGCUGAAAGCAGAUCAGGUGAAAUUCACAGACUACAGAUACAGCUUGGCCAGAGCAACACUGGUACUUAUUCCUCUGCUGGGAAUCCAUGAAGUGGUCUUCACCGUGCUGAUAGAUGAAUGUUUGGAGGACAGCAGUCGCUACGCCAGGAACUUCAUCAACCUCACCCUCAGCUCGUUUCAGGGCUUAUUGGUUGCUGUGCUGUACUGCUUUGCAAAUGGAGAGGUCCAAGCUGAACUGAAGAAGCGCUGGCAGCUUUUCCUUUUCACCAACCACUUCCAGGUCAGGAGCUGCUUUCAGAGUGUUCCGCUCAAGCACCUGUGGAACUGCACUCGGCGGCGCCGCCAACAGUGCUCGCGGCAGAGUGACUCCUACGAUGAGGGCAGCACCUCCACAACGCAUCCGCACCUGCUGCAGGUGGCUGUACAUGGAAGAGGAGGGCGGCUUGGACUAGUUGAGGUUAAAGGUCAGGGCUUGAAAGGCUGUGACACAACAGGACUUGACUUUCUCACCAGGAAGAGCCUGUCCAGUAGUGAUGGAGAGAUGACCCUCGGGGAGACCAUGGAGGAGAUUCUGGAGGAAAGCGAGUUCUGA